GAAGCUAAGGCUGGGGAAGGAAAGUCAAGUAUCUCAAUUGUUAGCCUGAUUGCAUCCAAACAGACUGGAGAGAAGUCGGAGUUACUAACAAGGCAGGAGAGAUGUUUGCCCAAGUCCUAGAGGGAGAAAGAAAGCGGGUUCCAACAGCGACUGUGGGGAAUGCGCUCUGGGCCCCCCUGCCAUGCUUACUUAGGCUAAUGGAAGGUCUUCCCUUUCAGCAGCCGCUGCACUGGGUUACCAGACAAACAGCUCCCCUCGACCCCUGGCAGGAAGGGCCCCUCUUUGGGACAUCCUUCAAAGCACAUGCACUUGCUUCGCAUCCACUGGCAGUUGCUAGCAAGAUUCAGGACUCCUAUCCUGAAGCCAAGGAGAAGCCAUCGCCGUGGAAAACAUCCUCGCUUUGAGAAUCCAGGGCAAAAUUAAAAAACUACACGAGAUAAGGCGCCUGGAGAACAUUCAUAUUGGCUGCAGGGGUGAGGACAGGCGCACAAAAAGCACAGCAGGUAAGAGCUGGGGGUUUUGCCAAGAAGGAACUGUCCGGAGUGGCCCAGCAGAGGAUCUGGGAGCUGGAGGCCGGAGCGCGAGCCUUCCGUGCGCAAUCGGACGCCUGCUUGUCCACCGGCUUUGGGGCAGGGACGUCGCCAGAACCUCAGCGUCGGCGCAACUAAUCCUGUCACCGGCUGGGCUAUAAACACUACUGUCCCCGGCCGAUCGGUGAUGGUGCCCUGCCAGGUCUGCAGGCGGUGAGGCGCCCCUUGCUGCAAAGGUCCAUGAGACACAGAGCCACGGCGAGGCGAUGGCGGCCUAUCCGGAGAGCUGCGUGGACGCCACCGUGCUGGACUUCGUCGCAGACCUGUCCCUGGCCUCUCCGAGACACCCCCUCCUCUGCGAAUUCCCGGCCGGGGUGCCCUUUGGGGAGCCGGCGCUAGCCCUGCGGGAGGGGCGGCCCCGGAGGGGGGCGCGGGUGGAGGAGGAGGAGGGCGAGGACGCGGACGCGGACGAGGAGGAGGAGGACGGGCGCGCGCGGGCCGCCGCGCUCCAGGGCCGCCCCCGGAGGAAGCGGGUGAUCACCUAUGCGCAGCGCCAGGCCGCCAACGUCCGCGAGAGGAAGCGGAUGUUCAACCUCAACGAGGCCUUCGACCGGCUGCGCAGGAAGGUGCCCACCUUCGCCUACGAGAAGCGGCUGUCGCGCAUCGAGACCCUGCGCCUGGCCAUCGUCUACAUCUCCUUCAUGACCGAGCUGCUGCAGAGCUGCGCGGAGCAGAAGGGCGCGGGCUGAGCCGGAAGGACGGGCUCCGGGACUCCGCGGCUCGGCUUUGGGGGUGCACAGUCCUCCCGGCCCCUCCCCGAGAAGAGGGCUGGGGCGAGCGGGGCAGUUAGGAGCCAAAGUCUGGGGGCCGGCGAGGCCGGCGGGGCGCACGGGCCAGGAGGGCAGCACGCAGAGCGGCCGGGUCCCGCGCUGCUCCUUACUGUUUAAAACAUAGAAAUAAUAAAAUAGAAAUUCUUAGGUUUUUUUUUUUUAAAUAUCGGGAGUCGGUGCUGAGCCAUCCACCCCGAACUGCGGGUGUGGCCAGCGCCCCUGGUGGGGGAGCAGCCGGAGGCGGGGUGGGCUUCAUGCCGGGAAGGCUGUCGGGGCCGCGGGGAGAGGACAGGUCAGCGCGAAGCCAGGCCGUCCAGGCGCCGGCUGGCCACAAGGCGCCUCUGGCAAAGGAUUCACUCUACCUC